UCAUAAGAUUAGCUAAUUCAACAUUACAAAUCAAGUUUAUUCUCGAUUCUUUAAGGGCAGCAAGAUCAAACGGCCAUGUAUUGGUCAACAGAGGUGGUGGAGAAGUUAACAGUCACCGAAAUUUUAUUUUAUUUCCCUUAAAAAAUGCACACAUACAAGAAAAUGACAGCCGCAAACCUUAGUCAGGAAAACUGUGCAAUUGCGGUUCUUAAAAGUAAACCAAUCAGAGCCUUAAACGUCACCGGUGAACAGUAUUUUCAUCCAAUCAGGAUGCUUUGUGUACUAUAAAUAGUAGUUCUGAGCCCGUCGUUGCCAUGUGUCAACUGUUUGGUCAUUGUACUUAUUUGCUGUUAUGGCUCGCACAAAGCAGACCGCUCGCAAGUCCACCGGCGGCAAGGCCCCGCGCAAGCAGCUAGCCACCAAGGCUGCCCGUAAGAGCGCCCCGGCCACCGGCGGCGUGAAGAAGCCGCAUCGCUACCGGCCCGGCACCGUGGCGCUGCGCGAGAUCCGGCGCUACCAGAAGUCCACCGAGCUGCUGAUCCGCAAGCUGCCGUUCCAGCGGCUGGUGCGCGAGAUCGCGCAGGACUUCAAGACCGACCUGCGCUUCCAGAGCUCGGCCGUCAUGGCGCUGCAGGAGGCCUGCGAGGCCUACCUGGUGGGUCUGUUUGAGGACACCAACCUGUGCGCCAUCCACGCCAAGCGCGUCACCAUCAUGCCCAAGGACAUCCAGCUGGCCCGCCGCAUCCGCGGGGAGAGGGCGUAAUUGUAACGUCUUAACCUCAAUCAAAGGCUCUUUUCAGAGCCACCCACAAUUUCACGUAAAAUAGCUGUGAGAUAAUAUUUACGUCCCUACGACCGGCCUGAUCGGGCAGAAACUUUGUCUAAAACUGCCGGGUCGGUUUCCUUUUUCAAACCUGAAAUAUGUUAGAACGUUCUCUUAAGCAUUUGCGAAUUGAAUUCCAUUAACCCAAUCUAUUUAGGUCCUGCCACUUGAGCAACCGUCAUGAAUAAAAUGUGUGGAAACGUU